CGCGACUGUUUCUUGUCAAGUGUCGUCAGUCAUUACCAUAAUGCUUUCAAUCGCGGUUUUCUCUGCCUAUCGUCUUUUCUCUUUAUCGGUCAUCUGCAGUUAUUUCCCUCGAUCUUGAGGACUGAGAGGGACCACGUUCGUGUGUUUUCCUCAGGGCCAAGACACUGGCAGUCCAUCUCGCUUUUACAUUUCGGAUAUCCUACCCGGAUUACUUACGAUUCCCCUCAAGAUGCCUCCCAACGCGCCCGCGCGGGGUUCUGGCAGUUGUGGUAGCCUGAACAGACCACCCAGAACUCGAAGACUAUCGGUAGAGCAAGCGAGCGAGAGCACGCCGUUGCUAGCUGCCGGAGACAUCGCCCCAACCGCCGACUCCGAAAUUUCUGAGGUUACUACGCUUAUAAGCGAGCCAUCGAGUAGCAGCGAAGUCGACCCAGACGAUAAGCCUCUCCCCGUGGCUCAAAUUGUUGUUUUAUGCUACGCACGAUGGAUCGAGCCCGUGGCCUUCUUCUCUAUCUUCCCGUACAUCAACAAGAUGGCGCAAGAGAACGGCAACCUGGCAGACGCCGACGUCGGUUUCUAUAGCGGCCUGAUAGAGUCUUUGUUCUCCUUAACGCAGAUGGCCGUUAUGAUCUUGUGGGGAAAGGCCGCGGAUCGGUUUGGGAGGAAGCCGGUGCUGGUGAUCUCUCUGAUGGGUGUCACUCUUGCAACAGCCAUGUUUGGCAUGGCCAAGACCAUUUCGCAGAUGAUCUUGUUUCGUUGUCUGGCGGGUGUCUUUGCGGGGACUAUUGUGACCAUUCGGACCAUGAUUUCGGAGCACAGCACCACCAAAACACAGGCACGCGCAUUCAGUUGGUUUGCCUUUACCGGAAACCUGGGGAUUCUUUUUGGUCCGCUCAUAGGGGGCGCGUUGGCGGAUCCUGCCGAACAGUACCCGGGGCUCUUUGGAAACAUACAGUUCUUCAAAGACUAUCCUUAUGCAUUGCCUAGUUUUGCCGUGGGUGGCAUCGGCGUUACUGCGGUAUUGGUUACUGCUUUCCUUGCUGAGGAGACACUCGAGAGCAAUAUAUUUGGCGGCGGCCGCGAUGCCGAGUCUGGUGCGCCGGCCAAACCUGCGCCCAUGACUACUUGGGAUCUUCUGAAGUCGCCAGGUGUACCCAUUGUUCUCUACACUUAUGGCCAUAUCAUGUUGCUCGCGUUUUCGUUUACCGCGAUCGUGCCCGUCUUUUGGUUCACACGCAUUGACCUCGGCGGCCUUGGAUUCACGCCUUUGCAGAUCUCACUCCUGAUGGGUCUCAACGGCCUGGCACAGGCGAUUUGGAUCCUGCUCGUCUUUCCUCCCCUACAGCACCGCAUUGGCACCAAUGGCGUCCUGCGAGUGUGCGCAAUCGCGUAUCCGUUCUUCUUUGCCAUAUGCCCCUUCUUCAGCCUCCUCUUGCGAAACGGUGGCUCGACGGGUGAGACCAUCUUUUGGUUCAUUAUGCCGGCUCUGUUAUGUCUCGGAUGCGGCGUUAGCAUGUCCUUCACAGCUAUCCAGCUCGCCCUAAAUGAUGUCUCGCCCAGCCCCGUGACUCUCGGGACGCUGAACGCAUUGGCUCUAUCGUUGGUCAGUGGCGUGCGAUCCUUUUCACCGGCAUUGUUCGCUAGUCUCUUCGCUAUCAGCACUCGUACGCAGUGGCUGUGGGGUUAUGCUAUCUGGGUCUUGAUGGUGCUGCUGGCGUUGGGAUACACCGUUAUCAGCAGGUAUAUGCCGGAUCCUGAUGAGUUGAGGAGGCAAAGAGAGAGAAGACGGGAUCUGGAUGAGGAUGGCUUGUUAAAUGUUGGAGGCUUGACCGGAGUCACGAUAGCUGGUGCAGAGGCUCAUACUGAAUAAAGACAUCAUGUGGCUUCAAAUCCAACCAAGGGCAAUCACGGAUCAGAAGGCAAGGAAGGAAAGCGUGAAGUAUUGUAGUUCUUGAAGUCCCCUUUGGACAUAUGGAAAUAAAUCAGGUUGUGAGCACAUUUAUACAACUGUUGUGAAAGCUCCUGGUUUCUCAACACUUCAAUAUUAUCGUAGUGUAGCGAAAGUCUCAUUCAAGUUGAUCUAUUCCCACGC